AUGGCCGGGGCGCUGCCCGUCCUCCUGCUGCCUCUCCAGGCGCCGCCGGGGCCCCUCGCCCGGGCCAAGCUCAGCCGUCGCCAGGAGGCCCUGGCGGUCGCCUCCCCCGCCGCCCAGGAGCUGCGCUGGACCGGGCCUGGGUGGGAGGGAGGCGGCGGGAGCCGCCGGCCCGCCCUCGUCGCCCUGCCCGGCGUCUGCCAAGACUUUGUGUGGGAGAAUUCUGAAGACAAUGAUCCAACAGUGGACAAACUGAAACUACUGACUGUAAGCCAGACCAGGGAACUGUCUGUAUAUGAAGUUUUUCCCAAGGUUCGGAACUGUGAAGUGACGCUCGUGCACAGCUGCAGUGAAGACAGGCUAAUGAAGCUGGUUGAACAAAAAAACAUCAGUUUAGCGCCGGUCUCCUCGUUGAGAGUGCUCUCCUUUGAAAACAGCAGAGCUGUCCUGAUGCUCAACAACUUUAUUGUCGUGCGUCUUGGUUUUCCGGGAGGAGGACGGGAGGCCGAAGACCUGGAAGACUGUUUUUUCCUUGACCUGUCACCACAAGUUUUGGAAAGGAUCGUGGAUGUUUCCUUUUGCAGAGGCGUUAUCAUCUUGUUAGACAAGUCUGGGUGGAUAUAUGUCUUUGAUGCAAUAGAUGGAACGUAUCUGGCCUAUGUUGAUGUUGCCCUCUAUCAAGCAGAGGGGCCAGACGAGAAGAACCCGGCCAUCCUGUUACCCCUGACGUCGCUAACGGUCUCGCAUGAUCUCAGUGUUGCUGUGAUCACCAACUGCUCUGGCCACGCUGCGGCUGUUGACCUCGAUUUCUAUUUCAAAGAAUAUCCUGGACAUUUACUGUGUAAGAGAAACGUUGACAAUCUCCCUGUAGAGCAACUGAAGGAGAUGGAUGAGGAUGACCUUAGAAGCUCAGAGUACAGUAUGACAUUUGUGAACCAGGCAUUUCGGACAGACAGGUCCUGGAAGGCACACCUAGUUUCAUUAUAUGAAAAAGCUCAAAGGGUUUAUUCUCCGAAUUUGGUAGCUGAUGUUUACCUGCCUUGGUAUCAGCACCAUCUGCGUCUAGAGCACCGUGACUGUAAGACCCACGACACACCUGAGACCACCCUUGUCCGAGACGUCGCUGACGCCUUUUCCAACGCAAGAAGGAAAGAUCAUAAAAGCGCAAAGGAACGAGAUAGGCGGUGGAAGAGCCUGCAUUCAGGAGAGCGAGGAGACUGCGUGAAAACCGAGUGCAAAUCUGUGACAGGUUUCAGUGCCUUAUUCACCAUCUCAAGUGAGAGCGAAGGAUUGACUCUGGUUCUGUGGGAUUUGGAGACUCAAGAUCUUGUGCUCUCUCAUGUGGGCAAAAAUUCCUUCUUUGUAGAAUGUGGCCAAGAGGAGCACUUAAGUCUCAUUCUUUCAGAAGAAUUCUUAAAUAGACUGAUAAUCCAUGGAAGCGCUGGCACCGUGGAUUCUCUUUGCUGUCUCAACGGAUGGGGAAGGUGUUCUAUUCCCAUACACGCCUUAGAGGCCGGCUUGGAGAACCGUCAGCUGGACACUGUGGAUUUCUUUUUGAAGAACAAGGAGAAUCUUUUCAGCCUCUCUUCAACUUGUUCCUCGCAAGACCAAACGUCAAGUACCACGUCAGAUUUUUACUUGAAGAGCGUUGAAGAACUGCGGCCGGCCUUGGACUUGCUGUGUUUGGCAAUCCAGGAAAACGACCUGGAAGCUCAGAGCAAACACUUCUCCGAGCAGCUCCUGAGCCUCACUUUGAAUUUCCUUAACAAACAGCUCUGUGAGGUUUUUGUCCACAUGGAAGAACUGGACGAAAACCUGGAUGGAUGUGUGAACAUUUUAACCAGCUACAUCACUAAACUUCGGACAUUCAUGAUAAAGUUCCCACAUAAGCAUCCCAGCAUCCCAAGCACAGCCUGGGAUCUCGAGGAAGACGUGCCCGGAAUGCAGCAACGCCAGACGUGGGAGCCGUGCAGUACAGAGGAAAUUGUCGCCGAUGCUAUUUUGAACAAGAAGCUGCCGGAAGCACAGACCUUUUUCCGGAUGACCGGGAAUCCUGCUCAGAAGCUAGAGAGGCUGACGCAAAUAGGGCUGGACCUGGUGUACAGAAGCCUUCGGAAGGGCAAUGCCAAAGAAGCCUCCAAGCUCUUGACAAACAUGGGAUUCGACGUGAUGAAGCAGCUGCGUAGAAUAUGUUUCUACACCAAUGAACAGCCCGUCCGUGACUUCUUGGUGAAAGUGCUGCAGGAGGAAAAUUACUUUUCUGAGGCCGAAAAGGAAACCAUCAACUUUGUGUACCAGGUGGAGGAUGCCUACUCAGGGGUUUCUCGGGAGAAUGCGAAGAACACUCAGUCCAGGCAAUGGGUGAAGGAAAAGGAUCCGUCUGACCACACGGCUGCUUGGGAUGCCCUGAUGAAUUGUGGAAAGGACCGAGUUCAUAACGAAGAGCACAGAGUCAUGUUAAACUGGGCUCAGUCAUGGGAUCAAACCACCCGAGAGAUCGUUCUUCUCCCCACACGAUCCCCUGAAGGAUUUAAGUCAUGUCAUCCGGAGGUUCUUUGGAUGCAUUUGUCCUCCUGGCACGACUGGGGCAGCAUUCGUUCGUGGAUUGCAGACUGUCAGUCCCCGGCGGGUAGCAGCAUGAAGUGGCCAGCGCUGCCCACAGAGGCCCUUGACAGAGGUACCCUGUGCAGCAGUUACAUGAGAAACGAAAUACUGGACAGCCUGGCGAGAAACGGGGUUUUUGCACCGGCAGAACUGGAAGAUUUCCAGCGCCUUCUUCAAAGACUGGCUCACGCUGGAGGAGUGAUGCAGCGUCCGCAGCCCGUCUCUGGGUUCUCGUCCCCGGGGGGCUUAGAUUUCCACGCCUGCUUCGUCCUUUACUGUUUAGACCACGGGCUGAACCAUCUACUCUACACCUAUUUAGACUAUUAUCGCUUAUGUCCUUCAAACUGCCCCAUUUUGGGCGACCGGGCGCUUCACGAAGCUCACCCUUGGUUUGAAUUCCUUGUGCGGUGUCGAGACAUUGCCAGCAACCCCGGAGAUGCAGAGGUGAUUUUUCAGGCUAGUCUGGCAAAUGCCCAGAUCUUGAUUCCCAGUGACCAGGCCAGCGUGAGCACCAUGCUUCUGGAAGGACGGACGCUUCUGGCCCUUGCGGCCACAAUGUAUGCUCCGGGAGGUAUCGACCAGGUUCUUCAGAACGGGAGUGGAGGAGAGAGCCCCCCCAGGAAGGUGGACACCCAGCUGGUCAGGAUGGCCCUUGCUCCGUACCCCAAGCUCAAGGCCGCCCUCUUCUCUCCGCUGACCUCCCACGGGGGCACCUUGUCUUCCGACGUCUCUCUGUACCAUCUUGUCCAGGCAUUAGCUCCAUUUGAUCCUGCUAAAUUGUUUGGCUGGCAGCCGGCAAAUUCGCUCGCCAUGCCUGAUGCCAGCAGCACUCUUCCUCACUUCUCCUGCCCCAGCCUCAUCAACAAAUACGCUGUGAUCGAACAGCUGGACUUCUGCUACUACUUGCGACACGAGCGCCCCUCGUUCGCUUUUGGGACCUUCUUAGUCCAGCAGCUCAUAAAGAGCAAAACCCCAAAGCAGCUGGUCCAGCAGGCCGGCCACGAAGCCUAUGCUUUGGCCCUGUCUCUCUUCCAUGUCCCUUCCGUGGCUGCUGCCUGUGUCUGUUUUCUGGAAUUGCUGGGCCUCGAUAGCCUUAAGCUCCGGGUGGACGUCAAAGCGGCCAACGUGAUCUUGAGCUUCAUGUCUCGAAGAGAGGAGCCGCAGUACAACUCCAUCCGGGAGUCCUUGGUUGAAAAGCUGACAGAGCUAGUGAAGGGAGUCAAAACAGCCGCAGAAGAGCUCCUGGUUUGCUUGGAGGAAGCCGUUUGGGAUAAGGUCGAGCAUCAGAACAUCAAGAAGACGUCCAGCAGCGCCAGGAAGCAGUGGUCCUUGGUGGUCCAGUUCUGCAGGCUCCACAACCUCAGGCUGAACACCUCCUACCUGAAGGAGUGCGCCAGGUCGAACGAGUGGCUGCAGUUUAUUAUCGAGGCCCAGAUGUACAACUACCAGCCAGCUGAGGUCCUGGCCAUCCUCCCCGACUUCUCCCUCCCUCUGCAGGACCAUUUGAGGCUGGCCUUUGAGAGCCUGUGGCCCCUCCUCCCUCGGGCGGGGAGCCAGGGUAGCAGCCCCUGCAUACUGAGGCACGAGCAGAAGCCGGGCAGCCCCACGACGAGCGGUCUCUUCCACAUUCUGCUUCAGUGCCAGGACCAGCCCCACCCUUGGCGUUACCUCCUGGGCGAAACCCUGAAUCACCGCGCUCCUGUCCUGAGCGUGCUCGCGGCCUGCUUCCAGGACGCCAGCGUUCUCCACUGCCUCUGUGUUUGGAUCCUGACUUCUCUGGAUGGCUCCACGGCGGGUGACGUGACCGACCACAUCGAAGGCUCCGUUGAAACCCACGAGUGGGACCUUCAGGACUUGGCCACCCUCUGGCAGGCCCUUUUAAGGAGGCAGAAAGUUAGAACCCUUCUGAGUGGUUUCCGGCUCUUUCUGAAGGACUCUCCCUUGCUGACCGCUCUCGAGGUGUACGAAUGGUGCAUGGACUACAGAAAUUACCACGAAGCUCAGACCAAACUCCUUGAGCUCCAAGCAAGUCUUUCAAAACUCCAGGCCACCGAUGAAGAGUUGCCUCCCAUUCUGCCCGCGCCGUGGUUGAAGUCGCAGGUCUCGUUUCUUCUCGAGCUGAUGUUGCAGCAGUGCAGGACGCAAUAUGAGCUACGAAAACUCCUUCAGAUUUUUGCCGAUACAGACACUACUCUUCCUGGUGGGCCAAAUAUGAAGAAGCUGAGCGCACUCUGCCGGAUCCUGAAGGACUCGUCUAUCUCCAUCAGCCGUACCAUUCUCAGCGGUUACACGCCUGGGAAUUUCUCGAAUGAGUGCAGGAGAAUUCUGGAGCAGCUUCAGGAGAGGAGCUUGUUCUCUGUGGCGCGGGACGUGGCAGAACUGGCUGAGCUGCCGCUGGACCCUGUUGUUGUCCAAGAGAUGCUCCAGAAUCUGCAUCUCUUGAAGCAGGUUGGCCGCUGGCCUCAGAAGCAGACGAGGAUUGAAUUUUGGAAGAAGUGCCAUGAGACCUUUGUGAGGAAUUCCGUUUCGAAUCAGACAGCCUUUGAUUUCUUCUCCGCUCAGGCCGAAGCGGUGUCUGAGCCCGCGGACAGCGAGAGAAUGUCCGGUAUUCAGGAGAGGCGGCUUCUGCUCACGUUGGCUGGCCACUGGCUGGCCAGCAGUGAUCCCGUUCCACUUGAGGAACUGGAGGAGACAGAGAGAAAAAUCUGGCUCUGUCACAUCGCACAGCAUGCCCUGAGCCGGGGUUCCGAGCCAGCCAAGCAUCGAUUCUCUCACCCGAUUUCCAUGAGUGGUGAACUUUCCUUUGAAGCUUUGGCCAGAGAGUUCUCUUUUUCCAAGCUGCCUGCCCUGAGCGCCCCCAAGUGCCUGCGCCUCGAGAGCCUGCCUUCCCAGGAAGACGCCUCACGGGCCACCCUUCCCAACGCUGACGUGGAAUCGCUGAGGGUUUUGAUUGGGGGCCUUCUCGACGAGGGGAGCGUGCACGAAGCCAGCCGGGUGUGCCGGUACUUCAGCUUCUACAGUCGAGACGUGCUGCUGGUCUUGCACUGCAGAGCACUGGCAGCGGGGGAAGCCUUGGGCAGUGGCUGUCACCCCGAGAUUCAAGCCAUCCUUGCAGCGAGAGAAGAGGAGGAGGAGGAGGAAGGGGACGGGGAGCUUCAGAACAGGCGACUGCAGCCCACCUCGAGCCUGGAGUCCUGGUCCUUUGUGGGGGUCCCCGGUUCUGGCGAUAAGGUCGUAGGCAGCCUGCAGGCCCUGAUGGCCGAGUGCCUGCACGGGCGGAACUACUGCCGGCAGGUCCUCUGCCUCUACGAACUGUCCAAGGAGCUCGCCUGCCCCUUCAGCGAGAUCUCCGCCCAGGACGCUGAGAAGCUGCUGCGGGCCAUCCUGUCGUCUCAGCAGCCAGACAGGUGCAAAAAGGCGCAGGCGUUCAUCACCACCCAGGGCCUGGAGCCGGAGGCCGUGGCGGAGCUGGUGGCCGAGGAGGUCGUGCGGGAGCUGCUGGCCCCCGCACAAGGGGAAGGAGGGCAAAACUCAGUGCUGAAUCCGGCCGAGGAGACCCAGGCGUUCUUGCAGCUGGCCAAACUAUGCCAGGACUGUACUCUGGUGGGCAUGAAGCUUCUGGAUAAGAUUUCUUCUGUGCCCCACGGGGAGCUCGGCUGCACUGCAGAGCUGCUGAUCCUUGCCCACCGCUGCUUCAGCUUGACCUGCCACAUGGAAGGGAUCACUCGUGUCCUUCAAGCCGCCCGGCUGCUCACAGACGAACAUUUGGCACCCAGUGGGAAGUAUGGCCUCAUGGUUCGCCUCCUGACUGGAAUAGGCAGAUACAAUGAGAUGACCUACAUCUUCGACCUGCUGCACGAAAAACAUUAUUUUGAGGUGCUGAUGAGGAAGAAAUUGGAUCCGACCGGGACCCUCAAGACGGCCUUGCUGGACUACAUCAAGCGCUGUCGCCCGGGGGACAGCGAGAAGCACAACAUGAUUGCGCUCUGCUUCAGCAUGUGCCGGGAGAUCGGGGAGAACCACGAGGCGGCAGCCAAUGUGCAGCUGAAGCUCAUUGAGUCCCAGCCGUGGGAGGAGAGCCUCCAGGACAUUCCCAACCUGAAGAAGCGUCUGAUGAGGGCCCUGACCCUCUUCCUAGAUGCCGCCGAGAGCUACUCCAAGGACUCCUGCGUGCGCCAGUCCCUGCGCUGCAACAGGCUGACCAAGCUCAUCACGCUGCAGCUCCACUUCCUCCACACCGGCCACAGCGCCAGGCUGAUCAGCCUCCGCCAGCAGGACCUGCUCGAGUGUAUCGUGAACCUGCCCAGGUUCUACCAGGCUUCGAUCGUGGCCGAUGCCUACGACUACGUUCCGGACUGGUCGGAGGUCCUGUACCAGCAAGUGAUUGUCAAGGGUGACUUCAGCUACCUGGAGGAGUACAAGCAGCGAGGCCUGCUCAAGGCGAGCACCUUUGAGGACGUUGCUCGGAAGCUGAAGCAGCACCCCAGCAGCAGCGCGGCUCCUCUGAAGAACCUGAAGCGGCUGCUGACUUACUGCGAGGACAUCUAUGUAUACUACAAGCUGGCUUACGAUCACGAGCUGUAUGACGUGGUGACGAUGCUGCUGCAGGACCCCCAGACGGGCUCCUGCUUGAACGACCUUUUGGCAAACUAGGCCGGGCGUCGGACUGGCACAGGACAAGGGCCGCCCGUUCGCCUCUUCCUUUCCCC